AAUGAAAAAUCCACCUUUGAAGACCCCAAACUUCGUGAAAUCAUAGAAACAACCAAUUUCGGUACUAAGAUUCGAGCUGAAAAGCAGAAACAGAAGGAGAAAGAGGAAGCAGAAAGAGCAAAACUUGAACAAGAAGCAGAAAGAACAGAAAAGCCUUUAGUUGAGACAAAAGAGACUGACUCAAAAUCUUCAAAUGUUAAUUUGACGGCUGAUUCCACUACCAAUACUCAUGUUUUUGAGAACCAAGCCAAUCAAUUGGCCGAGCAGAUCAAGGGAGAAAUCGGCAAUUUGCCUUCCCAAGAAGAAGAGAGAAAGAAUCAAUACUACAAGAAAGUGGAGGCGUAUUUAGAGUCUCUUCAGGGUACCAUCUUCAGAGCUACAAGAGCCUUGAAUGAUGUCACAGGAUAUACUGCCAUUGCCAAAUUGAAGAAAUCAAUUGAACAAAUUGAAGCUGAACUCCGAGAAGCAAAAGAAGAAGCCAAGAGCAACAGGGCGACGUAUUCAGAAGCCAUUCUUCGCAGAUCGAAUCUGCAACGAGAAGUUAAUGAGUUGUUAACCAGAAAACACAAUUGGACCCCUGAAGAUUUAGAAAGAUUUACAGAGUUGUAUCGUAAUGAUCAUCUCAACGAGCAAUUAGAGCAAGAGGCUGAGCUAAAGGUAGAAGAAGCUGAGCAGAAGGCUGACUCUAUCCAACUUAAGUUAACUCAGCUGAUAUUGACCAGAUAUCAUGAGGAACAGAUAUGGUCUGAUAAGAUUAGACGAGCUUCAACUUGGGGAACCUGGAUUUUGAUGGGUAUUAACAUCAUGUUGUUCGUAGUGGCUACAUUGAUUGUAGAGCCUUGGAAAAGAAGACGGCUUGUGGCUUCGUUUGAAGAUAAAGUCAAACAAGUGUUGGUAGAUCUUGCUGAGAAUGAUAAGGUUAUUAUGGCUCCAAUUUUGGAAGCACAAGCUGGAACUGUAGCUCCUUCUGAGAAGGUUGUAGAAUUUAAAGAAGAGCCAGUGGCUCCUCCUCUACAGGUUGAUCCCCAGGUUAAAGAGUCGGUCCCAUUCGUAUUCACGCUUGUUCCUUCGUCCUGGAAUUGGGGAAGUAUUAAAUCGAAGAUUGAAGGAGACUAUCUUGGGCUUGUGUCCAAUGAUGUUGUUCAGUUUAACAAGGCAGACUUGGGAAUUCUUUCGACAUUGGUGAUUACAAUUGGGUGUGGCAUUGGAUCCUUGGUAACGUUGUAUUUGACGAAAUAG